AUGAAGGGGCUUCUUCUGGUCUUCGUCGCCCUGGCCAGCGCCGUCUCCGGGGACAAAGGCAACUCCACGGGCAAGAAGAUGGAGUGGGAAACGGCCGUCUACCGCGACUACAUCCCCAACAAGAACCACCCGUGCCUCAAUCCUCGGGACUGCCAGAUGAAGUGCGCGAACGGCAGCUACGUCCGCACCCAGAUCGAGGGGUCGGGAAUCAACCAGCUCCGCUGCACCGGCGCCAACAGCGACUACUCGUACCUUGCGGGCCUUUGCCGCCUCGAGUUUGGCGGCGGCAUCUUUUUCAAACAGCACAGGCUGGCGUGCGAGCACGUCAAUGGCCUCUACUGCCUACCAACUGAUCCCAAACAGGUCAAGAAGAACACGUACCUUCGCUGCAUCUUUGAUCGCGCCGACUAUGCCGAGUGGAAGGCAGUUUGCGAGCAAGGCGGGGGACUGAAUGGAGGGGUCGUUGCUCCGGACAAGAAGGACAUCCCCUGGAACUGCUCACCGGACUACAUGGACUAA